GUCCUUUGCUUAUGAGGGCCGUGCCUUGGCAACAGACUGCCACUCAGCCCGCAGGAUCGCUGUCCGUGGUCACUACCGUGUGGGGAGUGGGCAACGCAGCGCAGAGCCAGGUUUUGGGUAACCCCAUGGGCCCUGCAGGGAGCCCCCCCGGCAGCUCAGCAAUGCCUGGCAUGGCGGGCGGCAGCUCAGCCCUGAGCUCCCCUCAGUGCCUGGGACAGCCAGCAUUUGGUGAAGGCGGCACCAGCAAGGGCUACGUGCAGCAGGGGGUGUAUGGCCGCGGGGGCUUCGCUACCGGGGCCACCUUGCCUCUUGCAGGUAUGGCGGCCCGGGGGGGGCCGGGGGGCCUGGGCCUCCCCUCACACACCGCACGACCCUCCACGGACUUCACUCAAGCGGCGGCUGCUGCUGCCGUGGCUGCUGCCGCUGCCACCGCCACGGCCACUGCCACGGCCACCGUGGCCGCCCUGCAGGAGAAGCAGGGCCAGGAGCUGGGCCAGUACGGAGCGAUGGGGGCCGCACAGUCUUUUAACAGCCAGUUCCUGCAGCACGGAGGCCCUCGGGGGCCCAGCGUCCCAAGCAGCAUGAACCCUGCCAGCGUGGGAGGGCUGAUGGGCCCUUCCGGCAUGAGCUCCGCAGGCAUGAGCCCCGCUCGUGCAGCGGGCCUGGCGCUUUAUGCAGGGCAGCGCCUGCCCCAGCAUGGGUACCCUGGCCCCCCCCAGGCCCAGCCGCUGCCCCGACAGGGGGUCAAGAGAGCUUACUCCAGCGAGGUGUACCCAGGGCAGCAGUACCUGCCAGGAGGCCAGUACGCACCUGGCCCCGGGCAGUCCCCUGCUUCCUCCUACCCUGGUCACAGGCUGCCCCUGUCCACCUCUGGUCCGGGACUGCACUACAAGCCCACCGAGCAGUUCACCGGGCAGGGCGCCAGCUUCAGCGGGGGGAGCCUCAGCUACAGCCAGCCUGGCCUGAGUGGGCCCACCCGCUCCAUCCCUGGCUACCCCAGCUCCCCACUGCCAGGGAGCCCCACACCACCCAUGACCCCCGGCAGCGGCGUCCCCUACAUGUCUACCAGCCAGGAGGUCAAGUCUCCCUUCCUGCCUGAUCUCAAGCCCAGCGUGAGCUCCUUACACCCGUCACCCCCCGGAGGCAGCCCCUGUGACGAGCUGCGGCUGACCUUCCCCGUACGGGACGGGGUGGUCCUGGAGCCCUUCCGCCUGCAGCACAACCUGGCCGUCAGCAACCAUGCCUUCCAGCUACGCGACUCCGUCUACAAGACGCUGAUGCUCAGGCCCGACCUGGAGCUGCAGUUCAAGUGCUACCACCACGAGGACCGGCAGAUGAACACCAACUGGCCGGCCUCUGUGCAGGUCAGCGUCAACGCCACCCCGCUCACCAUCGAGCGCGGGGACAACAAGACCUCCCACAAGCCCCUAUACCUGAAGCACGUGUGCCAGCCGGGCCGCAACACCAUCCAGAUCACCGUCACCGCCUGCUGCUGCUCCCACCUGUUUGUGCUGCAGCUGGUGCACCGGCCGGCGGUCCGCUCCGUGCUGCAGGGUCUCCUGAAGAAGCGUCUGCUGCCGGCCGAGCACUGUGUCACCAAGAUAAAACGGAACUUCAGCAGCGGCACCAUCCCUGGGCCCAACGGAGAGGACGGGGUGGAGCAGACGGCCAUCAAGGUGUCCCUCAAGUGCCCCGUCACCUUCCGCAGGAUCCAGCUCCCUGCCCGCGGCCAUGACUGUCGCCACAUACAGUGCUUCGACCUGGAGUCCUACCUGCAGCUCAACUGUGAGCGGGGGACCUGGAGGUGCCCCGUGUGCAACAAGACCGCGCUGCUUGAGGGCUUGGAGGUGGACCAGUACAUGCUGGGCAUCCUGGUCUACAUCCAGAACUCCGACUGCGAGGAGAUCACCAUCGACCCCACGUGCGGCUGGAAGCCGGUGCCUGUGAAGCCCGACGUGCACGUCAAGGAGGAGGCGGAAGGGCCAGCGCUGAAGCGCUGCCGCAGCGUGAGCCCCGCCCACGCGCUCGUGCCCAGCGUGAUGGACAUGAUCGCAGCGCUGGGCCCGGGGUCCGCCCCCUUCACUCCCUUGCAGUCCGCCUCGGCCCCGGCCCCCAGCGACUACCCCAGCCAGGGUUCCAGCUUCCUGGGACCCAGGACCUUCCCUGACGCCUUCCCGCCCACCACAGCUAGCACCCCGACCCUUCCCGAGUUCACCCCCGGGCCACCCAUCUCCUACCAGUCCGACAUUCCCAGCAGCCUGCUGACGCCAGAGAAAUCUGCUUCCUGCCUCCCAGGCCAGAUGGCACCAGCUGGUCACCUGGACCUGGCCCACAACCCAGGGCCACCCGGGCUGCACACCCCCAACCUUGGAGGCCCUCCAGGGCCCCAGCUGCACCAUCCGAACCCUCCCCCAGCAUCCCGGCAGCCCCUGGGUCCGGUGAGCUCAGGCCCGGUUGGCGAGCUGGCCUUCAAUGCUGCCACAGGCGUGAUGGGCCCCCACCUGUCUGGGGCAGGGGAGGCCCCAGAACCAGCCCUGGACCUGCUCCCAGAACUGACCAACCCUGAUGAGCUGCUGUCCUACCUGGGCCCGCCUGACCUCCCCGCGAACAGCAACGAUGACCUGCUGUCUCUCUUCGAGAACAACUGACCCUGCCCAGCCCCAUGGCACACCUGGAGCCGCUUGUGCUACGCUGGCUGGGACGGGACCGGGCAGCUGCCCUGCCCUUGCCCAGCGGGCGGCUGCAAGGGGUUUUCAGGAGACCACGUCCAGCCCAUCCUCGCCCACCCGCCGCGCCGGCCCCGCCCCUCUUCCACACCCCGCCCCUUUGGGCCGGGCCACGCCUCCACCGCCAUUGACCUUGCAGUUACCGCCACCUGAACCCUCACUCACGUCCUGCCCUUCAGAGCCCGGCCCGCCCUGCGGGCCCCUAGAACCUCCUGCGGCCCCUAGAACCUCCGUGUGUCCAGAUGACCCCCAAACCCGUGCGGCCUCCCUGGGUCCCCCUUUCCCCUGGCUGCGGGCGAUGCCUGAGGUACAGCACGCGCCUUGGAGCGGAUGCCGUGGGCGGUGGUCCCGCGGGCGCCCCCCACCCGGGUGCCCUUAUAAACGUGCAGUCAGCCCUGCAGCGUUUUUAAAGCCACUUCCCGUGUUCCCACCC